CUCCAUACUAUCAACCAUGCUUCGUUCAUUUAUAUCUGUCACCCCUUUGGUCUCCUAUAGGACAACCGCUGUUGCCGCUGUGAGACCUACGGAUACACUACAGCUACGACUCAGCCCACUCUCCACAAUCAUCCGACGUGCAAGCAGCACUACUCGCGGAAACACAACUACACCACUCUCCGCAGCUCUGAAGAAACCAACCACACAGCAGCGUGGCGCAAAGCUCCGUGGUGAUAGUAAAUUCCUACUAGCUGGAGGCCCUUUUUCUAUCUGCCGUGCCCUGGCUACUGUCACUAAUGUCCCUCAUACCCAUUCCUCGUCGUCUCCUGGAGUAUCUACUGGAAUUUCCAAAAAUAGCCCGGAGUUUACUAUCAAUCCGAUCUUGAACUGGCUAGAAUUUCCAAACUUUGCAGCCAUAAAGCCUGAGCAUGUUGUACCUGCCAUGGAGGCACUGGUCCAAUACACUGAAAAGGCAUUUGAAGAACGAUCCCGCCACUUUACUCCCACUUGGGAAGGAACCAUGGGGAAAACUCAGGAUCUAGAAGAUGACUUGGAGCGUGCAUCAAGCGUCAUUACUCAUCUAUCCAUGGUUAAGGAUUCACCCGAGCUCCGCAAGGCUGUCGAAGCUAUUCAACCCAUGAUCAUUAAGAUUUCCCUCCAAAUGGGUCAAUCUUUAGAGAUGUACGAUGCAUUGGUGAAAAUGCGUGAGAAUCAACGGAUUUGGAGUGCAUUGGAUAAGGAGCAACAACGGAUUGUGGAUAAGACUAUUCAAGGAAUGAAAUUAUCUGGUGUGGCCUUUGGACUGGAGGGCGAGGGUAAUGCUGAAAAAAAGAAGCGCUUUAAUGAGAUUCAAAAGCGCAAGGCGCAGUUAAGUCUCAAAUUUAGUAAUAAUGUUCAAGAUGCGACCAAGGCUUAUGCCAAGAUCAUCUCUAACAAAUUUGAACUGGAAGGUUGCCCUGAGAGUUUGAUCAAAGCAAUGGCAAAGAAUGCGCAAUCUAGAGGAUAUGGUGACGGAAAUCCAGAGACCGGCCCAUGGGCAGCUACAUUGGAUGCACCUACAUAUGUUCCUUUUAUGAUGAACUGCAAGAAUCGUGAUCUCCGUGAAGCGAUCUAUCGCGCAAACAUCAAGAGAGCAUCCGAAGGUGAACAGGAUAACGAGCCUAUAAUCAAUGAGAUUUUGAGCCUACGUAAAGAGGAAGCUACCAUGCUAGGCUUUCCCUCCUUUGGUGCUCUUUCUCUCUCUAAGAAGAUGGCCUCUAAUGUUGAGACUGCUACAGAAGUCCUGGAUCGACUUUACAACGCCACAUUGCCCGCUGCUAGAAAAGAGAUCAAUGAACUUACUAGUUUUGCCAGAGAUCGCUUGCAACAACCUAUACCUUUACAGCCAUGGGACACGGCGUUUAUUGGGGAAGAAUAUCGCAAGGAAAAAUUUAAGUAUUCUGCGGAUCAAAUCUCAGAAUACUUGGUUUUCCCUCAUGUUAUGGGUACGCUCUUUGAGGUUGUCAAGGAUAAUUUUGGUAUUCACGUAUCAGAGAUCGACCCCAACGAGCAAAAACGUGCAGGCUUGACUACAUGGAAUAAGGAUGUCAAAAUUUACAAGGUACAGGAUGAUGGGCCUAGCAAAAAUGUACUGGCAUAUUUUUACGGUGACUUUUAUAGCCGUAGUGAGGAAAAGAAAUCGGGGGCGUGGAUGGACGUCUGCGUUACUCGAAUGAAGGACUCGAAAACAGGCAAUGUUCGCGUGCCCAUCGCCUACAUGAUCUGCAACCAACCUCCACCUUCAUCUGAUUCAGAGCCUUCCAGGAUGAAGUUCCAGGAUGUGACUACGCUCUUCCAUGAGUUUGGACAUUGUCUUCAACAUAUGCUUACUACCGUUGAUUACCCUCAAGCAUCCGGCAUCAAGGGUAUCGAAUGGGAUUUCGUUGAAGUUGCUUCCCAAUUUAUGGAGAAUUUUGCUUAUGAACCUCAAUGGUUGGACCGUAUGGCACGCCAUUACAAGACAGGAAAGACUAUGCCACACGACAUGAAACAAACAGUAAUGAAAAGCCGCGAGUGCUUGGCGGGCCUUGCUAUGAUGCGCCAGCUUCAUUUUGCAAUGUUGGAUAUGGAGCUUCAUACCAAUUAUAAGCCUCGAGGGGAGGGAUCCAAAACCGAAGAAUCAGUUUUUGAUGUAGACCGCCGUAUGGCAAAGAAAACAUGCUUGAUCGCUCCUGUGCCCGAGGACCGCUUCCUGUGUGCAUUUAGUCAUAUUUUCGGAGGUGGAUAUGCAGCAGGGUACUACUCGUACAAGUAUAGCGAGCUCUACUCUGCAGAUGCAUAUGCUGCAUUGGAGGAGCAAACUGAAUCAAUUGAGUCAAGGAAACGCAUUGGACGUAAGUACAGGGACACUGUACUAGCUUAUGGUGGUGCGACAGAUCCGAAGGAUGUAUGGAGGGAAUUUAGAGGACGUGACAGUGUAGAAGUUGAUGCUCUUCUCCGUCAUUCAGGCCUUACGUCCGUACAUGCUUAAGAAACCUUCUAUUCCUCAGUUUUUUUUUGUAUUGCUUAAAUGAUUCGAAUAAUAUUCAUACUUUUGAGUGACCAUUGCCAG